AUGGUGAACUGGCUCAGUCUCGCCGUUCCCUUCGCCUAUCUAGGCAUCCUGAUCGGCUCUCUCGCAACAUUCUCCUCAUUAUACCGCAAGCGCAAGGCCCACAAGGCGGCCUCCCUGGAACCAUGGUUCCCUGCACAUCUCCAGCGCGAUAUAUAUUUCUCUCUUCUUCACCUUGACCCCUCCGCACAAUCAGAGAAAAAGACCCCCGCUGUCCCCGAAUCAGUACUGAAGGCUGCUCUCCUCCGCAGAGCCUCGGAAGAUAUUCGUCGUAUUCUCGCUCUCCGAAGCCAAAAGCAGGCUCUUUCCAUGCUGCUUCAGCGUGGAAGUGUCGGUGAUGACCUCUGGCAACGAUUCUCGCGCGCAGAGAAGGAGAUGGAAGAAGAGGUUAAGGACGUUGUUGCUGAGGCAAACGCAUACGUUCAAGGCUGGGGUCAAACCAUCUUCCAAUCCGCAAACGAGAUGAUGCAGAAUGAUAUUUACCGUCAACGCAUGGCUGAGCAGCAGAGCAAGGUCGCCGAGGAGAAGGAGGCCUGGAGCCAGAAGAAGGCUACUACCAAGGAACAGUUUAUGAAGGAGUUGGAGGAGGGCUCGGAGACACCGCAGACACCUGCCCAGAAGACUUCUGCGCCUGCUACACCUGCGGCUACCGUGCAAGGAAGUGAUGAUGAAGCGGUGUUGGUUGAGGCAGAGACGCCAGGGAAUAGUGCUGCUGCGUCGCCUGGUGGAGGUGGUGGAAAGAAGAAGAAGGGUAAGGGCAAGAAAUAG